AUGUCGUACGCUCCACCUUACGGCGACCCUUAUGCUCGCCCUCCCUCAGAUCGUCCACCGUACGACCCCUACGGGCGCCCACCUGCUGAUCCUUAUGCGCGCCCUCCUCAAGAUGGAUAUGACCGUCCCCCCUACGACGGCGGUCGCCCAGCAUACGAUCGUGCCCCAUACAGUGCACCUCCGCCUCUAGCCCGUCCCCCUCCAGGCCCCCCACCUCCACUGCCCCAGGGCUGGGUCCAGGAAUGGGAGCCCAGUGCCCGUCGCGCAUUCUACAUAGAACAGGCCACUGGUCGCUCCCAGUGGGAGGCACCUUACCAGCAGCCUGGUUACUCUGGAUACAAUGAUGGUUCUCGCAGCGUUCCUCCUCCAGAGCCGCAGGGUGGCUACUAUGCUCCUCCCCAGGGCCCCCCACCUGUACCUUAUGAUACUCGUGGCCCCAGCCAGGGCUACUAUCAGCAGCCCGAGCCCGAGAAGAAGAGCAGCAACGCUGGGAAGUAUCUUGCGGCCGGUGCCGCUGGUUUGGCUGUCGGUGGUCUUGGCGGUGCUUUGAUUGCCCAUGAGCUUGACGAGGACUCUGAAAAGUCAGAUCGCGAAGAGGCUUACGAGCAAGGCCGUCGCGAUCAAGAAGAGGCCCAGUCUGAUAGUGACGGUGGUUGGUGA